CUGGGUGUGCUAAUCUUGUACCUUUUACCACAGUUUGCUCAAAUACUGUGUUUCAAGAGUAUAAACAUUGAUAAAACAAAGCUAAUUAAGGAAAUGAAAUCUUGAAGCUUGCUUGUGGUGCAGCCCUUAAUAGAUUUUGGAAAUUAAUAUCUCAAUAGUUGAACUCUUGCCUCUUUUGCAUCUGUUUUUUUUUCCACAGGUACUUCCUUUCUGACUUUGAGUAGCAGAGAAAAACUAAAGACCUUGAAGAAAGACACCUACAGCCCCUUGCUUGGCAGAAACAAUGCUGCAGCGAUGAGAUUACAGUGAGCCCUUCCUGUGUGGCCUCCAUGGGUCCCACUCAACUCAGCACACAGGAUCAUGGGAAGAGGGUGGCAAGUGUAUUUGAGAUGGAGGAGGAAGGGCUUUCGCUCUUCCCUGGCUCAGAGAACCCCCCUGAGCAUGCAGUAGAAAAUCCCCCCUUGAAGCGGAAGAAGGGCCCAGCCCCUAAGAUGCUGGGAAACGAAGUGUGCAGUGUGUGUGGGGACAAGGCCUCUGGCUUCCACUACAACGUGCUGAGCUGUGAAGGCUGCAAGGGCUUCUUCCGCCGCAGCGUCAUCAAGGGAGCACAGUACCUCUGCAAGAACGGUGGCAAGUGCGAGAUGGACAUGUACAUGCGUCGCAAGUGCCAGGAGUGCCGGCUGCGCAAGUGCCAGGAAGCAGGCAUGAGGGAGCAGUAUGUUCUGUCUGAAGAACAGAUCCGACUGAAGAAACUGAAGAAGCAGGAAGACGAUCAGGCUCGGACAGUUGUGGUGCGUCCAAACCCUCCGAAUCCGCCAAGCCCUUCCCACAAACUAACGCCGGAACAGCUGAACAUGAUAAAAAAGCUUGUGGCCGCUCAGCAGCAGUGCAACCAGCGCUCAUUCACAGACAGACUCAAAGUGACGCCGUGGCCCCAGAUUCCUGACCCUAAUAACCGUGAAGCGAGGCAGCAGCGUUUUGCUCACUUUACAGAACUUGCAAUUAUCUCUGUGCAAGAGAUUGUGGACUUUGCCAAGCAACUACCUGGCUUCCUGGAGCUCACCAGGGAAGAUCAGAUUGCUUUAUUGAAGACAUCUACAAUAGAGGUGAUGUUGCUGGAGACAUCUCGGCGCUAUAAUCCAGAGAUUGAGAGCAUCACCUUUCUUAAGGACCUGAGCUAUAAUCGGGAUGACUUCGCCAAAGCAGGUCUGCAGUUUGAGUUCAUUAACCCCAUCUUUGAGUUCUCAAAGGGAAUGAAUGAGCUACAGCUUAACGAUGCUGAAUAUGCACUUUUAAUCGCCAUCAACAUUUUCUCUGCAGACCGACCGAAUGUGCAGGACCAGUCCUUGGUGGAGAGGCUGCAGCACACCUAUGUGGAAGCCCUUCAUUCUUACAUUUGUAUCAACAGACCAAAUGACCGCCUGAUGUUUCCACGGAUGUUAAUGAAGCUGGUCAGUCUUCGGACACUAAGCAGUGUCCACUCUGAACAGGUGUUUGCCCUUCGGCUGCAGGACAAGAAACUCCCUCCUCUGCUCUCAGAAAUCUGGGAUGUGCAUGAGUGACCGCAUGCUCCCAGAAUGCUGACGCGCUGACAUAACGCCAUCUCCCGGCCUUUGCUAAUGAGAAGCCAGCCUCUCCUCUCCAAAGCACUGAACCCUGGGCUAGGCAUGCAGGGAGUGAUGAGCCCGGGGUUUCAAUGUUGUCGUGAGAUAUGCAGGAGGCAGCUGGGGUAGAUCAGAUGGAGGGGUUGGUUUUGAUGCAGUGCCCAUACCCCAAAGGAAUAACGUGAAACAUUCGAAAACGGUAGAAAUGAAGACCUUUCCCCCUGCCCCCCAAGUCCUCUUUCUUCAGAGUCUUUCUCUUCUCUAAGCAUAUGCUGAAGGUUUGCCCUUUGAUCCUCUUCUCACUGAUUAUGAAAAUGAAUUUGCAGGAACUUGCCAAAAGCUCUCUAUUGAGAGUAACCCAGCUCGAAAGGCUUCUGCAGGGUCCCCAGUGUACCUGGAUCUGAGGAGCUCAGGGAAGUCAGUGUGGAUGUUCUAUGGGUUUCACUGGGUUUCCUAUAAAUAAAAUCUCUUGAAUGUGCUGCCCUCUACAAUGAUUCCAAGAGAAGUAGCUUUUAUUUCUUUAUUAUGAGACUUCAUCUCUAGAGCUGCCCUUUAUUCUGGCCCUCCUUUGGAAAAAGGAUUCCUCUAAUAUGUAGUGCCCUUUGUCUAACAGGGAGAUUCUCUGGGUAGGGAAUGUUCGUACAUCAAAAAGAUGUCAGGCAUAAAGUAGUGGACUUUUUUUAAAUAUAACACAUCACAGUUUUAUCUCGUGGUUCUCAGACACUUCAAUUUACCUUUGAUUUGCUAACAGCUGGAAAACUUUAGUUCAAAACAGAUCAGGGCAUAGAUUUUAUCUUUAGGAGUGGAAUAGAAGAAAGAUAGGUGGGAAGGACUGGUACCUAGGUGAGGUAGGUGUGGUGGAAGGAUCUCAAAAACUUCCAAGAAUCUGAAGCAUGUGGUAUGUAUUCCAAGGUGGGUGUGAAGAUGUAUUGGCCAAGGAGAGAGGACACACUGCAUUUAGUGAAAUAUGUGGGCAUUGCAUAAGCUAUGGGCUGCACAACUCUCACAUCAUGGGCUGCAGGAAUAUUGCGUGUAAUCAGAUCCACUUGCGUUGUCUUCCUUUUGCCAAAGUCUUUCCAAGGUUUUAGAGAUGAUAAUGGGAUAUGGAGGUCCCUCCUUGUGUGAGGAGUGCCAACUGCUUUAGAAGGACACUUGGGUCUUGUAUCCUUUCUUCACUUCGGGCAUUGUGAGAUCCACACUGGAUUAUGCCCCAGGUUUUUAAGUAUCCACAUUCAUAAGUAUUCUAGAAUUUACAGCAAUAUUUUGUCUGACAGAAGAGAAAUAUACUGUUGUAAAACAUGUUCCUUACUUUCCAAGAAACAUCAUCUUAUGGCUGAUCUCAGAGAUGUAACCUUAAGUAUCCCGGUAGCUUGGUCUCAUGAGUCUUCUCUGUCAUAGGGGUCUAUGUUUGCUUGCCCAGUGAGCAUCCCAAGAGCAUAGGUUCACAUGGCUCGGGGUUUUUUUUGUUUGUCUUUUUUGGUUUGUUUGUUGUUGUUUUUUUUGGCUGUGUAUCUGAGCGCUAUGCCCGUGGUGAGGGUAUCGUGUCCAUUUUGCACUUGAGGUUGGUCCCCUGCCACUGGCCUUCACUCUGCACCUUUGUAAAGCACUUGUAACAAUCUGUAAAAUAAUCUGUUGUUUUUUAUAACUCAUUGCAAUUGCAAAAAUUCUUGUUUAAAUCUGUAUUUUUAACUAAUCUGUUUGAGAAAUGUUAAUGUUUAUAUAAAAGAAUAAAGCCUAAUACA